AUGACUAUUAAUCUUCAAAUGUGGAGCUCAAUCUGCCUUGGAGCUCUUACAGUUCGUAGCCUACUUGCCAUUGCUGCUGCUCGCCAUUGGAGUCUUUGUCAGAUGGAUGUCAAGAACGCCUUUCCCAAUGGCGAUCUCACUAAAGAAGUUUAUAUGCAGCCUCCUCCUAGUUCCUUAGUUCCGUCCACCAAGACAGAACGUGGUGUUCUUCUUCUUCUUCUUCUCUAUGUUAAUGAUAUGAUCAUCACCGAGGAUGACAUAAUGGGUAUCUCUAGUCUCAAAAAGUUUCUCAGUCGCCAGUUUGAGAUGAAAGAUUUAGGUUUGCUUAGUAACUUCCUUGGCUUGGAAAUUUCUUAUGAUUCUUCUGGUUACUUUCUCACCCAAGCCAAGUAUACUUCUGAUCUCUUGGUUCGUGCUGCUCUUACCAAUUGCAAGACUACUCCUACCCCAAUUGAUCCUCAGACUCGUCUCACACCUCUUGAUUUGUUGUCUGAUGGUACCAUAUAUCGUCAGCUAGCUGGCAAUCUUAUUUAUCUCACAAUUAUUCGUCUAGACAUUUCCGAUGUUGUUCACAUUGUCAGUCAGUUCAUGGCUGCUCCUCGCUCUCUGCACUAUGAUGCUCUAAUUCGCAUUUUGUACUAUCUCAAAGGAACUAUGUUUCAUGGUCUUCACUACUCCGCAUACUCAUCUAUACAGUUACACACAUUUUCUGAUGCAGAUUGGGUAGGGGAUCCCAUUGAUCGUCGUUCUACUAUAGGAUUAUGUUUCUUCUUGGGUGAUUGUCUUAUUUCCUGGCGUAGCAAGACGCAAACUCUUGUUGCUCGUUCUAGUACUGAGGCUAAGUAUCGUGCUUUUGCUGACACUACUUAG